AUGGCAACCAGCAACCAUAUGCAUAAUCUGACUACUCUUAUCAAGCGGCUGGAAGCCGCGACCUCCCGUCUGGAGGACAUGGCUAUGUCGCUGGAUGACCCUCACUCGCCGAAACACGUCGGAAGUGCAGCUACUCCUGAACCUGCAGCGCCUACACCGGUGAAUACAGUUGCUCCGCCAGCGCCUCCCGCGGCCCCUUCGCUUCCGCCCCAAAUAGAAGACUUCGAUGCAUUGAUCAAUGGGGAUGUUCGAAGCUUCGUGGAUCUCGGCGAGAAGAUUGGUGGUCUUGUGGCAGAGCAGUCCAGGGCUGUACUUCAAGCUUUCGAGGCCGAGCGCACCUACCUUUACGUCUCGACAAAGGCGAGAAAGCCCGAACCUCAGCCACCGGAGCUUAUGACUGAGCUCCAUAACGCUUCUGAUACCAUCAAUAACCUCCGCGAGUCGAACAGAGCCUCCCCUCUCUUUAAUCACCUUAGCGCUGUUGCGGAAGGCAUUGUUGCUCUGGGCUGGUUCUUCGAGUCUAAGCCUGCUGAUUUCGUCAGCGAGAUUGUCGGAGGCAUCCAGUAUUAUGGUAACAAGGUGUUGAAGGAGUAUAAGGAGAA